CGAGAGCGUCGCGACGUACCUCGGCCUGUUCAUCCUCGCCGUCAUCUUUGAGAUCCUCAUCACCCUCGACGCCAUGCAGAAGAAGAACAUCAUGACGCUCUUCGUCCUGUGCCUCUUCCAAGUCGCCAUGCUCGUCUACUCGGCCGUCCUGCCCGGCCAGCUCGAGGACGCCAUCCAGGGCAGCAACGCCGACACGCCCCACGUCCAGUCGCUCACGCGCGCCUACGCCAUCGUCAUCCCCGCCGUCGUCGGCGCGUGCUCCAUGUGCAUGACGGCCAUGCUGUGGCCCCUCUACCACGAGUUCGGCUGGAACGUCUUCAAGCGCAUUGGCGCCGACCUCGCGAUGAAGCGCUUCUACGCCCUCUACCAGGUGUUCGCCUGCCUGCUCAAGUUCGACGCCUUCUUCUUGGUCGGCUUCAGCGUCCAGUUCCUGAUCCUCGUGUCGGGCACGCCGACGGCCGAGUUUGUCUUGACCAUCAUCGCUCUCCCGAUCUCGCUCCUCGCCCUCGUCCUGUUUGCGGUCGUCGUUCGUGCCGAGAGUCGCACCGGCGUCUACUGCUCGUUCGUCCUCCAGGCUGCCGGCAUGGCCUACUUUGCGUACAAGAUCUCGCGGAUCUACAACGACACGUCGAGCGACCGGUACAGCGCGGCGCGCGCGACCUUGACCAUCUUUAGCGUCCUGUGCCUCGUCAUGCUCCUCGCCACCUUUAUCCUCAUGGGCCUGUGCAUGCUCAACUUUGGCAAGGGCCUCAAGGAGCGCAUUCCCGGCUACGCCUUCCGCCGCACCUCGAUCUUUCCCUCGUGGUCCUCGCGCACGAAGCGCGCCUCUCGCCUGACCGCGGCC